GUUGUGCAAGCAGGAUUUAAUGAAGGGCCGGACCAGGCGGUGAACACCAUAUUCGUCAACUCAAGUUGCUGCAACAUGGGAAAACUAAACACAACAUCGGUUAAAUUGAAGAACCAAAAGGAUGAGGAGCUUUUCCUGGCUCCCACACCAGAUGGUGAGGGCAGCAUUGACGAUGAAGAGGAGGGGGACAUCCAAGAUGAAAAAUCCCAUGCACGUCUCCUUAGUGACAUAAGCAAGAUGAGCAAAAAGAAGAAACCUGAAGUAAGACGAGAUGUGCGUACAUCCCUCGGGGCAGGUGUGUGUAUGGUUGACACAAGCGACAUUGUAAAGAAACUUGGCAGCUACUCUUUAAGCAAGUCCUCGCAGAAGAUUAAGUCUCUUGCCAAGCCCCACGAGAAGACUGUACUCCGCAGGGCAAAACGAGCGGCUGGCUUUGAAAAUGUGGCAAUGGAAGUAAACAAGUGGGGUAAAGUGGUUCAUCUUCGGCGGCAGGCCGACCAUCUUUCCUUUCCCUUGGAGAAGGCAGAUUUAAGAUUCAAGGUACUGGAGAAGGUGGAGCCAGUGAAGCUACGAUCACCACUCGAGCAAGAAGUUUAUUCUUUGUUGCAUGGAGCCAAACUCAUUGAAAAGAAAACAGAAACAGAGGAGGAGCGAGCCAAAAAGCGUGCCUUAUCCCUACAGCAAGUUCAGGAACGGAAUCGUGAAAUGUGGCGGCAGAGGGAGCUGAAACGGCGCUAUGAGCGCAAAUCUAUGAUGCAAAACAAGAGCAAAAGCCGAAAACAUCAUCGGUUACUGCGUCGAGAGAGAUUAAAGAAGCAGAAGGCAGAGCUUGAACAGCUUGAGAAGACAGAUCCAGAGGCAGUAUUAGAGAAGCUGGAAGAACUUGAACGGGCAAGGGUGGAGGAAAGGAUGAGUCUCCGCCACAAGAAAUCCAAGUGGGCUCAUCUCCAAGGCUUCCGUGCUACUAAAGAUGAAAAUGCAAUGGCUGCUUUGAAAGAAAACCAGAGGAUGCACCGUGAACUGAUUACAAAAGUUGUAACUAAUGCUGAAGACGAAGAUGACCAAGAAGUAGAAGAAGCAUUAAAGGAAAGAGAAAAAGCUAUAGAGGAAGGAACAUAUGACCCCAUGAACCCAUGGACUAAUAAUCUUAAUAAAGCUUCAUCUCAAUUGGCUCAAAAUAAAAAUAAUGAAGACGAAAGUUUUUCCAAAUUUAAACAAUUUUGGGAAGAAGUAAACAAUCGCAAACUGGCAGAGAAGAAAAUUCAGGAACACUUAGACAAAGGAAGAGAGGUAGGACAAGAUGAGAUGAUGGAUGAGCAGGAAAAGGAAGAAGUUGAGAAUGAGCAGGUGGAGGUGGAGGAGGAGGAGAUGAAAGAAAAUAUAAAAAGUAAAGUAGAACAAAGUAAAGAUAAUGUAAGAAAACGCAAAGUUAAAAAUAAAAGAAGGAGAAAAGGUAAACUGGUUCCAGAUGUAACUUCCAUCACCGAAGAACAAAAUAAAAUAGAAACUACUUUACAAGAAAAUAGUGAAGAUGAGAAUAGAAGUAAUGAUUUAAUCAGUAUUGAUGAGAUGUUUGAUGAAGCUGAGAUAGGAAUUAAAAACAAAGUGAAGAGGAAGCUUCAGAAACUUGGAAUGAGCACCGAGAGUGGUGAAGCCUGGAAAAAGGUUAAGAGAAGACGGCAGGACAAGCGUGUAACGCAAGUUGCGCCAGUCUCUAUAGAAGAAUUUGAUUUUUCAAGUAAGAAUGAUAAAGAUAAUAUUGACGAGAAACUAGAAAGGGUGAAGGCAUUUGAAGAUGGGGACUCGAUUCAAGAAGGAAGUACCGAUAGGAUUCAACAAGCCGCCGACACACUGAGGAAAGGAAUGGAAGUGCAGGAAUCGGGUACCACAGCUGGCAAAACUAUUCCAAGUGCAUCAAAGAAAGGGGAUGUAGAUCCAACCAAGUUUCUCCAGGUAGAUGCAAGAAAGUUGGCAACUGCCAUACCAGACAAUGUGGCAAGUGGGGAAGGGUUGGAUGAUGACGACAGUGAGGAAGAUGAGGAUGCUGAAGAUGUCAUUCGUGAAGCAUUUGCUGAUGACUAUCUUAUUGAAGAAUUUAGCUCGGAGAAGGCUGCUGCCAGGGAACGAGACCGACCCAAACUCAUGAGCCUUGCCCUACCUGGCUGGGGAGACUGGACUGGACCAAACAUAAAAAUGUCAAAAAAAAAGAUUCGGAAAUUCAGAAUUCAGACUCCACGAGCACCUCCACGUAAAGAUCUUACCAUUGGCAAUGUUAUCUACAAUGAAAAGGCUGAUGUUCAUGAUAACCUGAGAAAGGCGAUGGUGAGUGACUUGCCCUAUCCAUUCAAAAGUGUGAAGGACUUUGAAGCCUCUGUACGGACACCAGUAGGACGAAUGUUUGUGCCAGAGGCUGUACAUAAGAAAUUAACAGCACCACCAUUGGUAACCAAGAUGGGCAGUGUCAUUGAACCAAUGACUGAGGAUGUACUGCUCAGACACAAGCAGAGAGGGCAAUCAGUUGGUGAAAACCCAAAGAAAUCUAAAAAAAAAAAAGUUAACAAAAUGGAAAAAAGAAAUGAAGUGGUAAAGAUCGUUAACAGGAAGUAUAGCUACACAAAAAGGGGAAGGAAAGACAAGAAAAUACUGAAAACUUGCUAAUAAGGUAAAAAAAUUAAAUUGUUCCUAAAUAUUGUACUUAUUAACUCGUCCAACAUUGCCAAAUUUCAUAAUUCAGGGUAUUACAAAUGAAAUCAGUAUCUAUUAUUAAUGCAAUAUACUGUACUGUAUAAUAAAUAAAAUGUACAGUAUAUAAUUCUGUAAUUUAAAUUUAAAUAAAAAGAGUGGUUUUCAAAUUUAUAAUGUUUUUCAUAUUUCCUAACAAUUUAUUAAUUUAAAUUAUCAAUAUUAAUUCUUGGUGUCAGCCACCAGACUAUCAGAAUAAUUUAAAAAAGAACUUUUGCGUGUACAGUAUAAAGCUUCUAAGUAGACUGUUGUAAUUCAGAAUUCUUAUUAAAUAUCGACAUUUUG